GAAGAAACCCAGAGACACAUCAACAUCGCCCGCAGAACCCAAGCUCCGCGAGAGCUGCAAUUGUCAUCCGAAAGGCAUUCAUCACAGGUUUUUAGUUUGGUGGGGAAGGAGGGAAAGGGGGAGAAGGCACCGUGUGGUGGGGUCUCGGUCCCUUUUAUUCCGGUUCUCUCAGCUUUUCGCCAAGACCUUUUUUUUCUUCUUUUUUUCUUUUUCGCUGUGGCUUUUAUUAGCCGAACCCCACCGCCGCACAGUGCCUACUGCUUGUUACGGGUUGAGCGUUCGAGAGCACACCGGUGACCGCAAGUAUAAUACCGGUACCGGCAGGAUGGAUGACGGCGGAUUGUUAACGGGGAAACGUCGGAGAGGGAGUUGGCACAGUUUGCUUCUUAUACCGCGGAAAGCGUUUGGCAAUUCUGUACCCGUUGCCUGUGGAUCGUUCCUAGUGCGCUCCCAUAGCCGGGUCCCGCAAAUCCUUCUCUCCUCUCCUUCUAGACCUUCUCUCUCACAACUAGCUUCCUGUUGGUUAUAAGGGGAAUACUCUCUUUCCUCCCAACUUCACUUCGCUGCUUGCACUGAACCCUUCUUGCCCUCUCGCUCGGAUCAAUUAAAAUGCUUGCCCGUUCAAUCUUAAGGCGGCAAGUCUCCCGUCGCCUGGUUGGAGAAGCCACCAAGAGCGCCUCCGGCUUUUCUACCUCAAUUGCUCGCCCAGCCGGCAUUCUUCCUGCUUCUCAUGAUAAACUCUUGAGAACAAGUUUGGCGGAGGCAGACCCGGAAAUCUCCAAAAUUCUCGUGCACGAGAAAAACAGACAAAGGGAUUUUGUGAACCUUAUCCCUUCAGAGAAUUUCACUUCGCAAUCCGUUCUCGAUGCGUUGGGUUCACCCAUGCAGAACAAGUAUUCUGAAGGCUACCCAGGAGCCCGAUAUUACGGAGGCAAUGAGUGGAUCGAUGCGGCGGAGACUUUGUGUCAGAAGCGAGCUUUGGCUGCGUUCGACCUUAACCCGGAGGAGUGGGGAGUGAAUGUUCAAUCACUUUCUGGAGCCCCAGCCAACUUGUACGCUUACUCGGCCAUCAUCCGUCCCCACGACAGGAUAAUGGGAUUGGACCUCCCCCACGGCGGCCAUUUGUCUCAUGGAUACCAGGUUCCUGGGAAGAAGAUCUCUAAGAUUUCUGAGUACUUUGAAACUUUGCCUUACCGCCUCGACCCAAACACUGGCUUGAUUGACUAUGACAACAUGGAGAAGCUCGCAGAGCUCUACCGACCAAAGAUCAUCAUUGCUGGUGCUAGCGCUUAUUCCAGGAUCAUUGACUAUGCGCGCAUGAAGCAAAUUACCGAGAAAUAUGAUGCUUAUUUACUGAGUGACAUGGCGCAUAUCUCUGGUCUUGUUGCAGCUGGUGUUACCGAAAGCCCUUUUGCCCAUAGUGAUAUCGUUACUACAACUACUCACAAGUCAUUGAGAGGACCCCGUGGCGCCAUGAUCUUCUUCCGCAAGGGUGUCCGUAAGACUAAUAAGAAGGGCGAGGAUAUCCUGUAUGAUCUCGAGAAUCCCAUCAACGCCUCUGUUUUCCCUGGGCAUCAGGGUGGUCCUCACAACCAUACUAUCACUGCCCUUGCUGUUGCGUUGAAGCAGGCCAAAACCCAAGAGUUCAAGGAGUACCAACAGCAGGUGCUUAAGAACGCCAAGGCACUUUCCGACAAGCUCUCUGCUCUUGGCUAUGAGAUCGUUUCUGGAGGCACCGACAACCAUCUUGUCUUAGUUGACUUGAAACCAAAGGGCAUCGACGGAGCUAGAGUUGAGAGGGUUUUGGAACUUGUCAAUGUUGCUGCCAACAAGAACACUGUGCCCGGCGAUGUCUCUGCCCUCAGACCCGGCGGGCUUAGAUUAGGUUCUCCUGCAAUGACCACCCGCGGCUUCUCCGAGCCCGACUUUGAGAAGGUUGCGGGAAUCGUCGAUAGAGCUGUAAAGAUUUCCAAGGACUUUAACGCUACCGUUGGAGGUAAGAAACUCAAAGACUACUUUGGCAAGCUCGACAAUGGAGAGGCUGUCCCCGAACUCGUCCAACUGAAGAAGGAAGUGGCAGAAUGGGCCGGCGAUUUCCCGCUGCCGUGGAGCAAUUGAUUUCAACUUCUUUUCUCACUUAUUUGCCCUUUUUUUCGAUGGGCUGUGUAUAUAUCUCUUGCCUUCCGGCCUUUCUCAAUUUCAUUGGUUUGGGGUUUGUGGGGUUUUUCCGCUGCCAAUAUUCAAUAAAUUUAUGAUCCUUG